AAAGUAUCGGCGAUGAUAAUACAGACGAGGCGACACGUGAAGUGGUCCAGCAUCUUCAAGAUUUGAGAUAAAGUACGUCAAGAUAAUGUUAUAUAAACUGUAAAUCUAUAACUGGAGCUACUCAGUCGGCUUUAUCGGCGAUAUGAAGCUGCUAGUGGUCUUAAGUUUGGUGGCGGUUGCCUGUAAUGCCUCCAUCGUGAGGCAUCAGCGCCGGUUCCCCGAUGACUUCCUCUUCGGAACCGCUACAGCCUCCUACCAGAUCGAAGGUGCUUGGAAUGAAGAUGGUAAGGGUGAAAACAUCUGGGACUACAUGGUCCACAACACCCCAGAAGUCAUCAGGGAUCUAUCCAACGGUGACAUCGCUGCUGACUCCUACCACAACUACAAGCGUGAUGUCGAAAUGAUGAGGGAGUUAGGCCUGGACGCUUACAGGUUCUCCAUCUCCUGGGCUCGGAUCCUCCCUACAGGCAUGGCCAAUGAGGUCAACCCAGCUGGUAUUGCUUUCUACAACAACUAUAUCAAUGAAAUGUUGAAAUAUAACAUCACUCCAAUGGCCACUCUCUACCAUUGGGACCUUCCCCAAAAGCUGCAGGACUUGGGAGGUUUCGCCAAUCCCCUCUUCAGCGACUGGUUCGAAGAUUACGCGAGGGUUGUCUUCGAGAACUUCGGAGACAGGGUCAAGUUGUUCAUCACUUUCAACGAGCCUAGAGAGAUCUGCUACCAAGGAUAUGGAGGUGAUUUGAAGGCUCCCAUCUUGAAUUCCACUGCCAUGGGGACUUAUUUGUGUGCAAAGCACCUCGUAAUAGCCCAUGCUAAGGCCUACCAUCUCUACAAUAAGGAGUUCAAGCCAACACAAGGCGGGCAGUGUGGUAUUACCAUCAGUGUAAACUGGUUUGGUCCAGCUACGGACUCUGCUGAAGACCAAUUCGCUGCUGAGAUCAAGAGACAAGGCGAGUGGGGCAUUUACGCACACCCAAUCUUCUCAUCAGAAGGAGGAUUUCCAAAAGAAUUCUCAGAAAGAGUAGCAGAGAAGAGUGCUCAGCAAGGGUACAGGCGCUCCCGCCUACCGGAGUUCACAGAAGAAGAGAAAGAAUUGGUGAGAGGAGCAUCAGACUUCUUCGGAGUGAACCACUACACAGCAAGACUGAUAUCAGCUACAUUGUAUAAGGAAGCUGCACCGGUCCCAUCUCAAGUAGAUGACAUGGAUGUUGGUCAGUAUGCGCCUGAUGACUGGGCUACUUCUGCUUCUGCUUGGCUUGCGUUGGCUCCAAACAGCAUUUUCAACGCGUUAAAUCACUUAAAAGAGAAGUAUAACAACCCGAUCUUCUACGUGACGGAGAAUGGGUGGUCCACUUACUAUGAGACCGGUCUGGAGGAUGAUGGCAGGGUCACCUACUACAGGGCUUCCAUGGAGAGUCUCCUGAACUGCUUGGAUGACGGCAUCAACCUUAAAGGGUACAUGGCUUGGAGUCUCAUGGAUAACUUCGAAUGGAUGCAGGGUUAUGUUGAGCGGUUCGGUCUGUAUCAAGUGGAUUUCUCGGACCCCGCGCGCACGCGCACCCCCAGGAAGUCAGCGUUCGUGUACAAGCACAUCAUCAAACAUCGCGCCGUGGACUAUGAAUACGAGCCGGAGACCAUGGUCAUGACUAUCGAUGAGGGACAUUUUAGUAUACCAAAGAGGAUGCACGUUCUAGCUCUUUUAUUAUUGAACCUCCUGGUCGGUUCUGAUGGCUGGACGGACACCAGGAGGAGAACGUUCCCGGAGAACUUCCUCUUUGGAGCAGCGACAUCAGCUUACCAAGUGGAAGGAGCUUGGAAUGAGGAUGGCAAAGGCGAAAGCAUAUGGGACAGGUUUUCCCACGAACACCCAGAGAAGAUAGCUGAUGGUAGAAAUGGGGAUGUGGCGAGUGACUCCUACCACCUGUGGAGGCGAGACGUGGAGAUGCUACGAGAGCUGGGCGUGGACUUCUAUAGAUUCUCCAUAUCGUGGCCUAGGGUUCUACCGACAGGAUUCCCAAGCAGCAUCAACGAAGCUGGCUUCAAAUACUACGACAACUUAAUAGACGAGCUCCUCAAAUACGACAUUCAACCAAUGGUCACCCUCUACCAUUUCGACUUACCCCAAGAAUUAGAAGAAUUAGGAGGUUGGACAAACCCCCUAUCCGCCACCUGGUUCGAAGAUUACGCGAAAAUAGUCUUUAAAAGAUAUGCGGAGAAGGUUAAAUUUUGGAUAACUAUAAACCAGCCUAAUACUAUCUGCAUGGAAGGUUAUGGGAGUGACGUCAUGGCUCCAGGGGUGAACGUGAGGGAUGUUGGAGCUUACGAGUGUGUGAAAAAUGUCCUGCUAGCUCAUGCAAAGGCUUACAGGCUUUAUGAGAAGGAGUUUAAGAAGGAGCAUGAAGGUAACGUCGGCAUUGCAGUGGCAGUUAAUUGGUUCGAGACCUUGGAUCGCAAUAACACUGUCAAAAUGGAAGCUGCUGAGAGAGCGAGGGCAUUUGAGUUCGGUAUAUACCUCGACCCAAUAUUUUCCAAGGAGGGUAACUUCCCCCCUAUCGUCAGAACUAUAGUGGACAAGAAGAGUGAAGAGCAAGGGUUCAAGACCUCCAGACUACCGAAGCUAUCUUCUGAUGAAAUUAAGCUGCUUAAAGGAUCAGCAGAUUUCCUAGGCAUGAACCACUACACCACAUUCCUGGUGCACCAUGGUGAGGAGAAAUUCGAGGGUCCUUCAGUUGAAGACGAUCGCAACACCAUAUACACACAGGGUUCUGAAUGGAUUUCUGGCAAAUCUUCGUGGCUGAAGAGUGCUCCCUACGGUCUCUACAAAGCGUGUAUCCAUCUUAACCUGAACUACGAUUACCCACCCAUCAUCAUCACUGAGCAUGGUUGGUCUACUGAGAAGGGUCCAGUAGACCAGUUGCGAGUAAACAAUAUGAGGGCGUACCUCGGAGCUCUCCUACUGGCCAUGGAAGAUGGUACUCAGGUCAAAGGGUACACUGUGUGGAGUCUCAUGGACAAUGUCGAGUGGACCGCUGGUACCAGUGAACGCUUCGGUCUCUAUGAAGUAAAUUUUGAAUCGGAAACCAAGGAGAGAACAGCGCGACUCUCGGCUCUAGUUUACAAGCAUAUCAUAGAGUCGAGAACCGUAGAAGAUGGAUGGAGUACAAACAACUUGAAAAUAGAAAUUACUAAGAAGAAUUAUGAAAACAAAAAGAAUACUAACUAUAAAGGCGAAUUAUGAUGUCAUCACUUUUAACGCAAGUUACUUGAGUCGGCACUACUUCUUCCAUUCUGUUCAUUAUCAGUAAAUAGCUUAGCCUUAUUCAGGCUAAGCUAUUUUCUUACCCGCUGGGUAUAGGCGAAAGAAAAUGUCUUAAAACUCUUUCUUAUAACUUUAGAGAGACAUACUAAAUUAAUUAUUAUGUUACCGGCUUACUUACUUACCUAACUGUUUGUCGAGGAACUCGACUAGUUUCAAGCCAUGCUAGAGGCUCAUAUUCAUGAGCAGCAUUCCGUGACACAGGACGCCUUGUUUGUCUGUUAUUGUUAUUUUGAAUAGAAAUUGGUAAGAUAAGUAGAUAAAGUACGUAUUUAUUAACAUAAAUUAUAUGUGUUAUCUUAAUUCUUGACCUAAUGCUCGUGGCAUAAUUGAUAAUUGUGAACCAGGAACUAUCUAAUAAUAUAGUCCAUGGUCACAUUUCUCGUUUAUUUAUAGCUACGUGCUACUGUAAUUGAUAACUAGGUAUUUUGUAAUGUGUACUUAAGUAUUUUGUAAGCAAAACAAUGUAAUAAUUAGAUUAAAUGUUUUUUUACAA